CCCUCCUUUUCGAAACGCCCCCAACCCGAGGGAGGAGGUAGGGAAGUAGCUUUCUGGUGACAGAGAGGACCAUAAACGGCGAUCGAGGUGGAGGCGCAGGCGGAUUAGUGCCAGCGCCAGGCAGGCGGGUUGUUUGUGAUUAACUGCUGCUGGGGGACUCUGGGGUAUGGAGAUGUUGCGUCGCUCCUCAGUAUUCGCGGCUGAAGUGAUGGAAGUAUUCGACCGCUCUCCCACAGACAAGGAGCUGGUGUCACAGGCGAAGGCGCUAUGCAGGGACUACAUCCAUUCCAGGCUGAACAGGACCGGGAUUGGGUGGUCGAAGGCCGAGCAUCAGCUGUCGGCAUCAGGUGGGACGCUUGGCGAGAUCUCCUCUGUCCUCAUGUGGUUAGGUGAUGAGUUGGAGUACCUGCGGCCCAACAUCUACCGUAACGUAGCUCGUCAGCUGAACAUCACCGUUGCGUCUGAGAGCGUGGUGUCUGAUGCCUUCCUGGCUGUGGCUGCAGAGAUCUUCUCCACCGGUAUAACGUGGGGGAAGGUGGUGUCCCUGUAUGCGGUAGCCGGUGCCCUGGCGGUGGACUGCGUGAGGCAUGGUCACCCAGCCAUGGUCCACACCAUCGUAGACUGCAUGGGGGAGUUUGUCCGCAAGAGCCUGGUCUCCUGGUUGAAGAGGAGAGGAGGCUGGGCUGAUAUCACAAAGUGCGUGGUGAACACGGACCCCAGCUUCCGCUCCCAUUGGUUGGUGUCUGCUACCUGCGCCUGUGGACAUUACCUGAAGGCCAUGUUGUUUUACCUGCUCCGGGACAAGUGACAACGGAGGACCAGUUCAGUCACGACCACACGAUGGACAAUCUGCCCCAUCCGUCAGUGUAGGACAGCAGAGCCUUAUCCUGAUGGACAAUCUGCCCCAUCCGCCAGUGUAGGACAGCAGAGCCUUAUCCUGGUGGACAAUCUGCCCCAUCCGUCAGUGUAGGACUGCAGAGCCUUAUCCUGAUGGACAAUCUGCCCCAUCCGCCAGUGUAGGACAGCAGAGCCUUAUCCUGAUGGACAAUCUGCCCCAUCUGCCAGUGUAGGACAGCAGAGCCUUAUCCUGGUGGACAAUCUGCCCCAUCCGCCAGUGUAGGACAGCAGAGCCUUAUCCUGAUGGACAAUCUGCCCCAUCCGCCAGUGUAGGACAGCAGAGCCUUAUCCUGGUGGACAAUCUGCCCCAUCCGUCAGUGUAGGACUGCAGAGCCUUAUCCUGAUGGACAAUCUGCCCCAUCCGCCAGUGUAGGACAGCAGAGCCUUAUCCUGAUGGACAAUCUGCCCCAUCUGCCAGUGUAGGACAGCAGAGCCUUAUCCUGGUGGACAAUCUGCCCCAUCCGCCAGUGUAGGACAGCAGAGCCUUAUCCUGAUGGACAAUCUGCCCCAUCCGCCAGUGUAGGACAGCAGAGCCUUAUCCUGAUGGACAAUCUGCCCCAUCCGUCAGUGUAGGACAGCAGAGCCUUAUCCUGGUGGACAAUCUGCCCCAUCCGCCAGUGUAGGACAGCAGAGCCUUAUCCUGGUGGACAAUCUGCCCCAUCCGUCAGUGUAGGACAGCAGAGCCUUAUCCUGAUGGACAAUCUGCCCCAUCCGCCAGUGUAGGACAGCAGAGCCUUAUCCUGGUCCCAGAUCUGUUCGAGCUCCUGACAACUCUAUUGCUGUCGUUGUCAAGCUAAACAAGUUUUGUUGUUUGUGUGUUUUAGAUCAAGGAGUUUGUCAGUACAAAGUGAGUGACAAGGAGUUGUCAUGACAGCCCAACCAGACUGGCACUCGGCCAACCGGCGUCUGUCUGAAGGGGCAGCCAUCCCUCCUCUAGAGUUCUAGAUGUGUUGUUUGUUUGCACCUGCAGACGUUUGCACUGAAUCUCCGCCACUGACGAGCACCUUGGGCCCUCACAAAUAGAUUAAACAAACGCACCGGCAUUGGAACAAUCAACGUGAAUAAGCUUGUUAGCCACGUCUGCUUUGAAUUUGGGUGUUUACGAUUUAGCUUGACAGUAUUAUUGUGACGUAUUAUGUACAGAUUCUCCAGCUGUAUUGUGAGGUAGUAGCCUAUAUACAUACUGAUCCAUAGCGUUAACAGUUGACUUGAAUGGGAAUGCCCAUUCUAGUUAUUCUAUAUCUGGAUCUCUGUUUUUCUAUAGCUCUCUCUCUGUCACAUUCCUUGCUUUCUUUAUGCUUACAUAGACUGGUUAACUGACAACGUCACACACACACACACACACACACACACACA